UUUAAAUUUGACAAGAUUACCUCAAGAUAAUCAAACCUGGCCUAUUAUAUUCGAAAACCUGAUAGGAAACUUGAUAAGAAGCAUGCGCGUGAGAAAAAUCCACCUAAAAUCAUGGUUCAUAUUAAUGCUUCUAUGUCACCUCUGUAUUAUUUUAGAGGAUUCUUACGACGGAGAUGGGUGUGCGCUCCAAGAUUAUAGUGAUCAAUGGGAGUUAAAGAAUUUCGACUUCAGUGAUUUCAUCAAUUCAUCGAAGGCAGAAUUCAUCGGCCGACAGUGGCUGUACCAGGAAAUGGAAACUGUUUUAGAGCACACUGAAAAUCGUGGUGUUUUGAUAACUGGAAAUCCAGGCUCUGGUAAGUCUGCUUUCCUUAGUUAUUUGCUUUGUUCCAGAAGAUCAAGUCCACUUAUCCACAGCAGAAUUCUUGGGUAUCAUUUUUGCAUGCACUUCGACAAAGGAACUCAGAAUGGGGCCAAGUUCGUUCGAAAUCUUGCCAACAUGAUCGCUUGGAAACUGGAGGAAUACGGCGAACUCGUUGGGACUGAUCCCUUUGUUCGUAGAGUAUUAUACAAGGAUUGCCCUCAAGACUCGGAAUGGUGUUUCGAACAAGGAAUACUUACACCCUUAAAAAACCUUGGACUGCAGCCUGUGAAACCUUGGUAUAUUGUCAUUGAUGCCUUGGAUGAGUGUGCAAAUGACAAAGCAGAAGUUCUUAAUAUUCUUAAAUCCAAAGUUCAACGUCUUCCAAAGUGGCUGAAGCUGAUUUUGAGUUCACGGAAUGUGAGCAUCAUCACCGCAAGUUUCGAAGGGCUGAAAAGAGUAGAGUUACAGUCGGACGACACAAAAAACCUAGAAGACAUCGACACAUAUCUAUCCCUCAAGGUGUUUUCUUGGAAAGAUUCUCUCCUGCAUAAAAUUAAAACCACCCUUGCAAUCACAAAUAAUGAGGCGCCAGCUCAGACAAUUGUUUCAAUUUUGACCGAGAAGGGUCAGGGAAACUUUCAGUUUGUUAAAGUUGUGCUGAACUUGUGGAUGGCAUCAACCAAAGAUGUCAGUUUGGAUACGUUUCCCCAAACCCUUGACACCUCUUAUCAGUUGUACUUCGAGAGAAAGUACACCACACCAGAAUCUUUUCAACCCUUGCGAGAAAUUUUUGAAGUACUAGUUGCAGCAUAUACCCCCCUUACUAUCCACGAAAUACACCUACUACUCAAGCUUGAACACCCAGCUCUUGACCUAGAGUACGACCUAAUGCCUAAACUUGACCUUGUAUCUUUGUUUUUGUGGCAUGGAUCAGGAGAGGGUCUCAUUCGGAUUCAUCAUGCAUCUUUAUCUGAGUGGCUCACGAGUGAUAACAACAAAGGGAAAUUCUAUUACAUCAAGAAGCAAAAUGGUCAUAACCGUCUUGCAAAGUACUAUCUGAAAAAGGCGUAUGAAAACAAUUUACCCCUCAAGCCGGAUAAAGCUUUUCACCUGGCGAGUCAUAUUGUUGAAGGCGGUGUUUAUGAUUCUUUGGUGGAGCAAUUUCUGUCUCUACCCUCAAGCCAUAUUAACACAAGCGACCCUUUGACUCAAAUGACUGCACUUCACCACAGUUCCAGCUGGUUUAAUGCAGAUGUUACUAAACUUCUCGUGGGCCACUUUAGCGAUGUCGACAGUGUAGACUACAACCAACGUACACCAGCGUUUAUAGCGGCAACUUCUGGCUACUUAAAAAACUUGAAGAUUCUGUUUGGUAGGGGUGCCAACCUCAACCGAAGAGCAGCAUACUUGGAUUUGGAAAGUGCCUCUCAUUCCAAAAAUCCCAUUAAAGAGUGUAGAAGAAAGCUAUGCGGAUAUUCGUUAUUGCAUACAGCCGCUCAAGAAGGUAACAAUGAUGUUGUAGCCUUUCUUAUUCAGCACAAAGUGAACAUUUUCAGCACAACUGGAACUAACAAUACUGCCAUGCAACUUGCAGCGGCAAACGGACAUCUUAAAACUGUCCAGAUUCUUCAGAGAGCUGGUGGAGAAUUGGAUGACAUUUCACUCCAUCACGCAGCCGCAGGGGGCCAUAAUGAUGUCGUACAGUACCUACUGAAAGAGGGAAUGGUAGAUAAUUGUGUCCAGAACAUUCCGUUUUCGGGUUUUCCUGAUGAAGAAGAGCUUGAAUCGGAGUGUACUAAAUUACGUCUGUAUGAUAACCAUCAUCUUUACCUACGAGAAACAGCCCUUCAUGCCGCAAUCGCUCGAGGAAAUGUUGACGUGAUUAAAACCCUGUUGAGCGAAAACCACAGUGCUAUCAAUUGUCCAAAUUCUGCGAGAAGACUCCCCUUGCACGAGGCCGUUUACGCAAAUAAUUAUAACAUUUUAGAAACACUGUUGAAGUUUGGAGUGGAUCCCAAUGUUCAAUGUGAUGAGAGAAUGUUAUCAUCGAGUACUGGUUCCCUCACAGUGGGCAUGAUGCUUCCAACUCCUUGUCCGUGUGGAUUUGCUUCUUUGCACAUCGCUGCUAAGCAUGGCUAUCAUAGUGUUGCCGAGAUGCUCAUCAAAUACAAAGCAGAUCCUAAUGUGUUUGACUGUAAUGGUUCCACGCCACUUCACAUCGCCUCCUGCCACAAUAAGCCAUCCCUUAUAACACUUCUGGUCAACAGCGGAGUAGAUAUCGAUGCAAGAAGCCUAAAUGGAUCGACACCCCUUCACAGCGCCGCGUCGUGUUUUUCAAAGGACAUUUUCGAGCUUCUGUUUGACCUGGGAUGUGAUUACCGAGCAACUGAUGACGAGGGAAUGACGGCAUUACACUAUGUGGUAAAAGAUAUAGCACACGUAGGUUUUGAGUAUUUUGCAGACUUGUACGUGACCAUUCCUAGGGGUUGGAUUGAGAAACAUUCUGGAGCCUCUGAGACGAUCAUAAGCGAAUUGGAUACUCAAUAUCCUUGGUUAAAUACCUUCAUCAAGCUUGUUGAACUGGUUAGCAGGAAAGAAAAAGCUUAUAAAAUUACUGCUUUAGCCAUGUACGACCAUAGAAAUCGAACCGUCUUCCAUAUAUUAGAAGAGAAAACCAAUGCUUUCAUCUAUCUAACAGGAAGCAAUCGCCUGAGCGAAAGUUUCCUUGUGCUCUCCUUAACUCCUUUAAUUCCUUCCUUCGACAUCGUAAUUUCUGAAAGGGUGAAGAACCGUGUUGUUGCUUUAAAUAAGCCAUACGAACAAGCUUUGGUUGCAAAGUCUUUAACGAGUGUCAUAUCGCGAGCAUUUACAUCAACAUUUACAAAGUUCGACUGCUCAUAUCUGCUUGACUAUGUGAGACUCCAUCUUGUUCUCGCAGCUAACACCUUAUUACAAGCGGGUGUGGACGUUAAUUGUCGAGGAGCCUCGGGGUUAACUCCUCUGCUUGUUUAUUUGCGUAUCGGCGGCCGUCACAUGUCCAAAGUUCUUGUAAAACAUAACGUAAAAGUGGACAUUGCAUGUGGAGAUCCCUUCGAGGAUUCAGUCUUUCACCUAGCGUCAUAUCACAAACUGCAUUACCUUCAUUACCUUUACGAAUAUCUACUGGGAAGUGAUAACUGGCAUAAAUAUUUGCAGACAAAACAUGCGUUGUUCGACUACUUUCUGGAUAAAUACGACGAGCCCGUUGAAAAUCGUUAG